AUGUCUUCUGCGCGUACACACGGAAUUCGAAUUGAAUCUCCAUCAAAAAACAUGGAAACUCGUAGUGUUAGCAGUAAAAAAGCUUUCUCUCAAACCCAAACAUUCGGUCGUACAGUAAAAACAGCAAUUCCCGUAAUAAGACAAAGAUUAAUUCAAGAAGAAAAGCCAGAAAUCACUCUAAUGCCUACACGUGUUACAAAAGAACAAACUAUUCAAGAAGUCACAACGUUAAUUGAUAAUUUCUUUUCAAAAUUACAUAUUAAAACAUUUAGAAACGAAAUAGAAGAUUUUAUUCAAGAAAACAUCACAUCAAACAAUGUAGUAUACUGGGAGGAAAUCACUUCCCUUGCAAGAUUAUACUCUUAUAAAUACAAAGUUUCAGUAAAUCACGAAGAUACAUUAAUCGGUCAAUCUUUUUUCAAUACAACUGUUCAAACUAUACCAGUAGCUGGAGAACAUCAGCAUUGGAGACCAGAACUUGAUGGAAAGAUAGUAAAUGAAAAAGGACCUUUAAUUAUCUUCCAAUUACGUGAUUUCGAUGGAUCUAUUACAGGUCUUAUAGAAAUACAAAAGAAAUUUGCAGAUCCCGAACCUAAUUUCCGUGAUCUAACUUUUAUUAACAUUUUACAACAGAAAUUUGAACUUUUUUCAAGGUUUUUAAAGCAGCCAUCACUUCAAGGACACAUUUUUGAGAUGAGUUCUGUCAUGGCGGUUGAGCAAUUCCUUGCAAUUUUCUCUACAAAAAUGAAAGACAUUUUUAAAUGCGCUGAUAGUGAAAUUUGGGACUUUACAAACAAACUCAAACCAAUACAAUACAAGAAUGGAUCGAUUAAAGAGAUAAAUAACAAUGAACUCGGAAUAACCGGAUUUGUUCUAUCAAAAGGUCAGCUUUACAACUCUUUUUCCAUCAAAAGAGAGUCUUGUUAUAAUGUUGUAAUUGAUGGCCAACAAGAUUUGCCGUUUAUGGGUAAUGUUUGUAAUAAUUUGGUGAUUAUUAUCCGUGGCUGCACAAUUAAGCCUAUUUUUACUUCGGAAGAUGAAUAUAUGCUUGAUUAUAUCACUCCUUUUGUAUGUACUUACUUCAGAAAUGCUCUGAAGUACUCAGAAAAUCCGAAUUCGGAACCAGGAUUAGAUCUUCUCAAAGGAAUUCAAAAGUUUUUGCCAGUUUACAAUGUAAAAAGGUCUUUAGUCGGAAUGCUUGAAGACACAAUGGUCGAAAUCCAGAAAAUUUCGCAAUCAGACAGAGUUGUUUUUCUAAAAGUCAAUGAAGACAAACUAGAGAGCGCUUAUUUCUCGGGAUCAAGGAAACCAAUCAAAAUGAAGAUUGGCGAAGGCAUAGCUGGCUACGUAGCUCAAACAGGUCAAGAAUUAAAUUUAUCUAAUGCAGCCGACUCGUCCCAUUUCAAUCCUUCUAUCGAUGAAAUGACUGGAUAUACAACAAGAACGUUAAUGUCCACGCCGAUCAUUAAUACUUUCGGUGAAGUUCAUGGAGUUAUUCAAUUAAUUAACAAAAUGGACAAUAUGCCGUUCUCAAAACGCGACUCCUUGAUCGCUACAGUAUAUGGAACACUUUGUACAUAUAUGAUUCACAAUCAGAACCUUCAAGACCAAACAAAUGAUUUACAAAAGAGAAUAGACAUGGUUUCAAAGGCCGUUCCUAAGCUGGAAGAUGUUGAUGGAUCAAUUAGAGAAUUAUGCCAUGUAGCAAGGAUCUGUACUGAUUGUAUGGGAGUCACUGUUUAUUUAUUCAACAAUACAAAAGGUAUUGUCGAGCUUGCAGGCCAAGAUGGUCACUUCAAACCGGCAUUUAGUGGAAAAGGAGCUGUAGAUUAUUGUUUGAAGAACAAUAAAUCGUUAAUAAUCAAUGAUACUUUCCACGAAGCUAUUGUUCAUGAUUCUUCCGAUAGGGGAAAGCGUAACAUCCUCUUAGUACCUAUUAUUGCUGAUGGAUCUCAAAUCGGAUGCGUUGAAGCAUGUAAUAAACAUGGAAACUUCACACAAAUCGAUUUGAACACUUUGACGUGCAUUUCUAACAUUGUUUCAACAAGUGUAACAAUGAGAAGUAUGAUGAAUGUCAUAGAACACGGCAGAUCCCAACUUAUAAUUUCUCAUUUCAUAAAUCGUGACGAAAUCGGUAAAAGUAUCGUUCCAGCAUCAUUCUCUAAUAAGACUGAUAUCAAUGUGAAUGAAUACAAGGCGUACGAGAGAACUCCUGAAGAGUUAGUUUCAACAGUUUUCGAAAUUUACCAUCAGCUUAACUUGUUAGGAAACAUCAAGUGCGACGAUUUCUUCACAUUCAUAUGUAGUGUAAGAUCAUCGUAUAACCAGCUCGGUUAUCAUAGUUGGGUAAAAGUUGUCUCAAUUGCACAAUUCGUUUACAGAAUUCUGUCAUCAUCGCAUGACGUUUUCAGUAAAGUUGAGAUUAUUUCUUUGAUCAUUGCUUCCCUUCUCGUUUAUUCUGGUCACGAUGGAACGGAUGAUUCGUAUCACAAGAGACUUAUGACGACAGAAGCCAUCAUUGCUGGAUCUAGAUCAGUCCAUGUUCAUCUUGCUGUUACGAAAUCAAUGCAUAUCCUUUCAAAAUUCAAAAAUAAAUUAUUUUUCGAAGAUGUUGAUUCGAUCAUGAAAUCGAUCAUUUCGUUCAUCAUGUCCCAAGAGACAAUUGCUACUGCUACAGAAGAGCUUUCAAAAGUAAUUGAUUCUCAUCAAUUUGAUAUUACUUGCGAAACUCAUCGCCAACUCUUCUUGCAAUGCAUGUUCAAUAUGUGCUUGUAUGAUGAAUUCGCUAGAUCCAACGAAAUCUCUGAUAAAUGGGAAUAUUUGUAUUCUCUUGAAAGAUUUUCACUUGGAACAAGAGAAGUCGAAGCAAAGCUCACAUAUUCAUCUAAGCAUAACUGCCAGGAGCUUUAUAAUAAGAAACAAUGCGUUCUUAAGAGAAUGGCCGGACUUGAAAAGCUCGUUAAGGUGGUAUCCGCAGCUCCUGUAAAAGAUGUACAGCAUAUUGGUAUUGUUGGACCAUCGUUCAACCGAAACAAACAAUUCUUCCAGUUGAGUGGAUAA